AUGAAACUUGACAUCAAUAAAAAGCUCAGUGCCAGAACUGACAGGGUUAAGGGCAUUGACUUUCAUCCUGAGGAACCUUGGGUUUUAAUUACCUUGUACUCAGGAAGAAUUGAGAUAUGGAACUACGAGACGCAAACGCAAGUGAGAUCUAUUCCAUUAUGUGAUGCUCCAGUGAGAGCUGGUAGAUUCAUUGCAAGAAAGAACUGGGUUGUUGUUGGUUCCGAUGACUUUAAAUUAAGAGUUUAUAAUUAUAACACCGGUGAAAAAGUGACCGAAUUCGAAGCACAUCCUGAUUAUAUCCGUUCCAUUGCUGUGCAUCCAACGAAGCCAUUCGUUCUGACAGGUUCUGAUGAUCUGACUAUUAAGUUAUGGAACUGGGAAAAGAAUUGGGGCUGCCAACAAACCUUUACCGGUCAUGAGCACUUCGUCAUGUCUGUUGCAUUCAACCCAAAGGACCCCAACCAAUUUGCCUCCGGUUGUUUGGAUCACACUAUCAAAGUUUGGUCGAUUGGUCAAGAUGUUCCAAAUUUCACCUUGAAAGCACAUGAAACUAAAGGUGUGAAUUAUGUCGACUAUUACCCGUUACAAGAUAAGCCUUAUUUGAUUACCACUUCCGAUGACGGUACCAUCAAGGUGUGGGAUUACCAGACAAAAUCUAAUGUUGCUACUUUAGAGGGACAUAUGGCUAACGUGUCAUAUGCUGUAUUCCAUCCGACUUUACCUAUCAUUAUCUCAGGUUCCGAGGAUGGAACUCUCAAGAUUUGGAAUGCAAAUACAUACAAACUAGAGAAAACGUUGAACAUCGGGCUUGAAAGAAGUUGGUGUAUCGCUACUCAUCCAUCUGGUAAACGUAAUUACAUUGCAUCGGGUUUCGACAAUGGUUUCACAGUUCUAUCCCUAGGUGAUGAUCAACCAAAAUUAUCUUUGGAUCCAGUUGGUAAGUUAGUUUAUUGCGGUGGUAAAGCAUCAGCCACUGACGUCUUCUCUGCCAUCAUUAGAGGUAAUGAAGAGGUAGAAGAAGGCGGUGCCCUUCCUUUGCAAAGCAAAGAAUUAGGGUCGAUCGACGUUUUCCCACAAAGUUUGAAGCAUUCCCCAAAUGGUAGAUUUGUCACUGUUGUUGGUGAUGACGAAUUCAUUGUGUACACUGCUUUAGCAUGGAGAAACAAAGCUUUCGGCAAAUGCCAUGACUUUGCAUGGGGCCCAGAUUCUAAUAGUUAUGCGUUAAUCACGGAAACGGGUGCAGUGACCUACUACAAGAACUUCAAACAAGUAUCUUCUUGGUCAAUUCCGCUUGAUUACGGUGUCGAAAAAAUCUUCCCUGGUUCAGUAUUAGGUGUCAAAGCUGACGGCUUCGUAUAUUUCUUUGAUUGGGAAUCAGGUAAUCUAGUGAAAAGAAUUGAUGUCGAUGCUAAGGAUAUAAUCUGGUCAGAUAAUGGAGAGCUUGUUAUGAUCAUCAACAAAGACCAUGAAACAGACUCUGCUGAAGAAGCUAAUGCUUACGCUCUGUUGUUCAAUAAGGAUGUUUACGAUGAGGCGGUUUCAGCUGGAAGUAUUGAUGAAGAUGGUGUAGAAGAUGCGUUUGACGUAUUAUACGAAGUUUCAGAGGGUAUCACGUCAGGUAAGUGGGUUGGUGAUGUCUUCAUUUUCACCACCCCAACAAAUAGAUUAAACUACUUUGUUGGUGGUAAAAUCUAUAAUCUUGCACAUUUCGAUAAGCAGAUGUACUUAUUAGGUUAUUUGCCAAGAGAUGAUAAAGUUUAUUUGGCUGACAAAGAUAUCCAUGUUUAUGGUUAUGAACUAUCUAUUGAUGUUUUGGAAUUCGAGACAUUGGUACUCAGAGGCGAACUAGCUGAGGCCAAAUCAUCCGUACUACCUAAUGUUCAAGGAAAAGAAAACUUGCUAAAGAUCUCUAGAUUUUUGGAGGGACAAGAUUUGUUUGAAGAUGCCUUAGAAAUUUCACCAGACGCUGAGCAGAAGUUUGAUCUAGCUAUUAAAUUAGGCCGACUAUCACUGGCGCAAGAAAUAUUGUCCGAGCAGGAAAGUGAGAACAGAUGGAUUCAAUUGGGUGAUGCUGCCUUAAAGAAAUUCAAUUUCACUUUAGCUUUGCAAUGUUAUGAAAAGGCAAAUGAUCUAGAAUCCCUUUUCUUGUUAUAUUCUUCAUUCAACAAUAGGGAAGAGUUGGUUUCAUUGGCAAAGAAUGCUGAGACUUCUGGUAAGUUCAACCUAGCUUUCAAUGCUUAUUGGGUAGCAGGUGACAUAGCUGGAGCAAAGGACUUGCUAUUAAAAUCUAAUAGGGUGCCAGAAGCUGCCCUAUUAAGUUUAACAUACGGGGAAUCGGCAGAAUCCAUCAACACUGUAGUAGACGUAUGGAAGCAAACUUUGAUCAAUGACGGUAAAGCCGCAAUUGCUGAAAGAGUUGGAGUUGUCGGUAAGACAGAAGGUUUUCCAUCAACGAAUACACAUACCUUACUUGAUUUAGAUACACCAAGCGAGAGCAUAAAAGAAGCGGCUCCUGUAAACCAUAAGUCAGAGGAGGAUGUCGCAGUUGAAGAAAAAGCGUUGGAUACCGAGGAAAAUAAGGAUGAAGAUGAAGAUGAAGAAGCAUUCAAGGAUUCAUCUGAAGAGCCUCAAGGUUCAAAAGACGAUGAUAAACCCGCUGCAAAGGCGGAAUAA